AUGUCACAGUUCUUAAUUGAACAGAUUAGAUACUUACACGAAGAAAUCGAAGUGAUAGAAAAAGCAAUUGCCGAAUUGAUAGAUGAGAAAGUAAAGAAGAAGAAGAAGAAUAUAUUAUAUGAUUAUGCUAUAAAUUAUUUAGUUGAUAAAAUACAAGAGAAAUCUCAUCUACUUUUAGAAUAUUAUAACGAUGAAGAUAAAUUAAAAAAAGAAGAAAUGCUUUUUCUUUCAGGAAAAACCGGUGAAGAUAAAAAUGAUGUAUGGAAAAAUUAUUAUGAACGUGUAAAAUAUAUAAGAGAUUAUCAUAAAAAGACAAAUAUAAAAAAAAUCGAAAUAAAAAAUUCGAAAUUAUAUAAAUUGGAAGCAUUAAAAUGUAGUAAAUAUAAAGAAUCCUUUUCUGCAUUAGAAAAAAAAGGAAAAUAUAUAGAUUUAAAUAAAUUUUAUAAUGAUUUUAUAAAUAUGAAAAAAAUUAAAGAAUUUCGUAUAAGUAUGUUUAAAAAAAAAGAAAUGGCUAGCUCACAUAACAAAAAAAAAAAAAAAUCAACAGAUAAUAAUAAUAAUAAUAAUAAAAAUAAUAAAAACAAUGUAAGUGAAGAAAAUAUAAAUGAAUUUAAAGAAAUGGAUUAUGUAACAUAUCUACAUAAUUUUACACGCUUUAUUUAUAUUCCAAGAUAUUGUAAAUAUAGAAAUGAAGAAUAUAAAAAUUAUGUAGAGAAUUUAUUAAAUUAUAUGAUAUCUUUUUUUGAAAAAAUCAAUGUGUUAGUAGAUUGUAAGAUAACUUAUAAAGAAUAUGAAGAUGAUUUUUAUAAUAAAUUUAAUAAUAAAGAAAUUAAGGGUUGGGAAACAUAUACCUAUGAUUUAAAUUUUUAUUGUAAUAUUAAUAAUAAAUUAUAUGCUUCAGAAGGUACAUAUCAAAGCUAUUUAAAAUGUAAAAAUUAUGAUAAUGAUUUAAAAAAAUAUUUAAAUAAAAAAUAUACAGUAGAACAGUUACAAGAAAUAAAAAAUGAUAUUGAAAAGCAAGAUAUGAAUUUAGCACGCUGUGAAUAUUUAAUACAAUUAUAUGCUAAUAUAUUAAAUAAAAUAAUACAACGAACUAUUCAGAAUAUCCAAAGAAAACAAGCAUAUACAAUUGAUGAAAUUCAAAAAAAAAAAUUUAAAGAAGAAGAACUAGAAGAUGAAAAAAAAAGAAAAAAAGAAUAUCAUUUAUUAAGUUUAAUGGAUAAUAACAACAAUAAUUUAAAUAAUCAAAAUAAUCUUUUACAUGAUUUGCAAAACACUAAUUUAUCCAUAUCAAUGUCAGAUGAUGAUUCUUCAGAUAUUUCUAAUAUAUCAAAUAAUGAAGAACAACAAAAAGAUAUAGAUGAAGAAAAUGAAGAUGAUAAUGAUGAUAACAAACCUAUUUAUAAUCCAUUGAAUUUACCAUUAGGUUUUGAUAAUAAACCAAUACCAUAUUGGUUAUAUAAAUUACAUGGAUUAUCUAAAGAAUAUAAAUGUGAAAUAUGUGGAAAUUAUUCUUAUUUUGGAAGAGCUACAUUCGAAAAACAUUUUUAUGAAUGGAGACAUUCAUUUGGUAUGAAAUGUCUAAAAAUACCUAAUACUUUACACUUUAAAGAAAUUACAAAAAUUGAAGAUGCAUUAAAUUUAUAUGAAAAAUUAAAAAAACAAACACAAAUGAAUAUAUUCAAGCCGGAUCAAGAAGUGGAGUGUGAAGAUUCUAAGGGAAACGUCAUGAACAUAAAGGCAUAUGAUGAUUUGAAGAGGCAAGGAUUACUUUAA